AUGAAUCAACUCCGACAGAUGCCUGCUAUAUCUUCCGUUGCCUCUGUUCCCAACUCCACGAGUCAAGCCAACUCCGAAAUACGUCAAGUCAUGGAGAUGGUACCAGUAUAUCCAGAUCUUCGAAGGCCAUCGGCAUCGGGCCAAAUCGCGGAAAUGUCAGAGUAUUACUCACCUGCGAUGAAUCCUGUCCAUGGGUAUCAUCAUGCAUCCGUCGAGCAUCCUUCCAUGGAGAUGGGAUACCCACAACAGCAGUCACAAGCUCCUACUCGUCGCAUUCUCUCACCCUCCCAUUGCUUUACCGAACAUGACCUUCACAUCCAUCAACCGCGAUCUUCUGGGUCUAUCUCUCCUGAAUAUGUUUCACCCGAAGGACAUGGAGAAGUAAGAUUUGAGCGUGGCUACAAAAACUACCCUCAAAACCCAGACUCAUCUUCCUCAUCUUGCUCGAGCCCGGAGUUCGAACAACAAGCAAGAGAAGCAUCGCUGUACCUCAGAGAUGACCCAGAGGUUGCCAAACAGGAGUUCAAUACUUAUAGUCCAGUCGAAGAAGGUCCUGACCACCCUAUCUAUCAUGGACUCCCACCCCAUCAUGUCGACGCAUCCUACCAAGCAUUUCGUUACACUCAUGGUACACCGGAUGCUCGUCCGCCUACUGAACACCAAGAGGAGCAUAUCGAUCGGGACGUUGUUCCUUCCGAGGUGACCCCGAGAGGUAAUGGGAAGAAGGCUCCGAAUGCCAAAGUCUCAGAGAAGAGAAGAGAACAGAAUCGAGCGGCACAGAGAGCCAUGAGAGAGAGACGAAAAAGAGCAGCCCAACAUCAGGAGGUCCAUAUGGCGGCGAUAUUGAGUGAAAAUGCUCAUCUGCGCGAGAGGGUUGACUAUCUCUCAAACCUUCUUCUGACUCACACAACUAUGCAUCCUGGAGACAUACAAGAAUGGGGUCCAUAUGUUCACAAACCUCCGCAAUCUUACACGCCGAUAAGCACCGCAAACCUAUCAAAUCCCUCGUCUGUUGCGGAUUACUCUCCCCAGGAAGCCUCUGGAGCGCUACCUUCAAUCUACUCAGGUCAUAACCCAGCUCACUAUUCGCAUCCCACCAAUCAUGACCAGUUUAUGAACCCCUAUCAACCGGCAACUUAUCACAUGGGUCACAGCUCUUCGAAUGCCCGGAACAUGCCUGGAGCUUCUUCAUCUUCGGGGGUUCUUCGCCCCAAAAUAUCUGGAGCAGGUGCGAUGGGCGGAAAGACUCACGAGCAUCCAGAAUGGGAUGACUAUACAAUGGUCGAUGUUGAUCGUGCAGAAAGGCAUCUUGGCAAGGUUAGGACCAUGGACUGUAGUAGUAUUCCUACUUCGACUGUACCGAGUCCAACGGAGACUGAUGGUCACUCGAUCGACAAUUUACCGCGGGCCGGACAUUGA